AUUCGGGGGCUUUGCGUGAAGGGCGUGGUGAUGUGUGUCUGCAUGCGGUCUGCGGUCCACCGCCAAAUUCAAACAGUGGAAGAAAGAAACAACAGCAGGAGAGGCAGCUGAAGUAGUCGAUUCUCAUAACUGGUACUUUCAGGUAAGCUCAGUCAGCAUGGCGUCUUCAAUGAUGGAUGGAGUAGGUAAAGCUGUGGUGGGAGUGUGGCGGGCACAUACAGUCUUGGAUGAGUCUGACGGUGCAGAGAGCUCCCCAGAAGCCCCCGACCGUUUCCGCAAGCUUCGCUCUUCGUCUUCACUUAACUCUCUGCGAAUGUCUUUGCGCAAGCGGCUCCCGCUACGUUCGGUCCAGACCAACUCUCUCCCAGAAAAUCCAACAUGGGAGACCCAAAAGGAGCAGCCAAAGCCCAACGCAGUCCGUAAACUUACCCGCAGUGCUCGGAACUCCAUUACUGGAGUAUAUCAGAGGCUGCAGAGGACCAGAGAGUUUGCGCGUGAGGAGUGUUUGGUAGCGACCCCGGGUCAGACAUGUGAUGGGGAAGAAGCUGGCGCAUCAACUUCUCGCACCCCAAGACGUACGCCUAGCCGGGCUGCGACUCUCAGACGCACCCCCAGAUCAGCAGUCACCCCUGGACGCACCCCAGGCUCUAGGGGAAGGAUGACUCCUGAGGCUGGCGUCCGAGGGGUGAAAACAGGAGGAGGCAGGCGGCAGCUUGUCCGCAUGGCUGCAUUACGAAGUCCCUUUGCCUCCCCCAACACACAGAACCAGAGGCUAACAUUUGACCGAGAUUUGGAGUCGGUGUCCAGUGGAAUCAGGAGGCUCAAACAUCUGUCCAAGGCCUUCGACGAUAUUAUUGGCAGAGACAACAGGCAGUUCAACUAUUCCCUAAUUGUGGAGUAGGGAAGAAGGACAAGCACAAGGGAACAUUCUGGAGGAGUAGUGAUGAGAAAGUUGGACCCCAGCGGUAAACUCAGUCGCUCAAACCUCACACGUCGAGCCACGAACCUCUCAGACACACUGGGAAGUUGGGCCCAUACAGCUGUGAACACUGUUCGCAAACCCAACUGAACUACAUGCGUGUCUGUAUGUAAAACACGGGACCUUUUUGUAGCCAUGUUUCACAUUUAUCAUUAUUGAGGUAUCACUGUUACAUUUGCAUGUAGUGUUGUCAUGAUACUGGGAGACUGUUACAUGGCAGCUUGCCUUCCUUUUUAUUUACUGUAUGUUGUGUGUAGUUGGAAACAUUUAAGUAAUUUGUGUGUUUACAUCUCAGGUUAGCUGAUUAUUGGUGAUAUAUCCUCAUUGUAGCUACCAAAGGGAUUUCUGUAUUGUGGUGUAUGUACUUGUCAUAGCUGCUACAACCAAAUGUCUUAGUUACAUUUUCAAGAUACUAAUAUUGUAGUUUGUAUUAUCACUUUCUGCAUAGAAACCUUUUGCGUGUUUGUAAUAUUUACUUUAAGAGAAAUGCUCCACAAGACCAAAAUUGUAUCUGCAGAACUAACACUAAAGUUACUGACAAAGGGGAGAUGCAUGUUUCCUCUACUUUAUAUGUAUGCAAUAAUGUAACUAAAAUUUGUUUUACUGUU